AUGUUCCCUUAUCAGAGACGUGGAUUAGAAUUUGGUCUGAAAAUGCAUGGAAAAGUUUAUAUUGCAGAUGAAAUGGGUCUUGGAAAAUCAAUACAAGGAUUGGCAAUCGCACGUUAUUAUAAAAAAGAAUGGCCAUUAUUAAUUGUAUGCCCAGCUGCUGUAAGAUAUUCAUGGAGAGAUACAUUUUACAAUUUUCUGCCAGAUUUUGAUAAAUCAAAGAUUUUUUUAAUUGAAAAAAAUUCUGAUUUCAUUCCUAUGGACGGUGAUACAAAUAAUGUAAUUAUUCUAAGUUAUUCAAUGUUAAAGAAGGUAGAGACGGAGAUGGGAAAAAUAAAUGCAAAAGUAGUAAUUUUUGAUGAGGCACAUUCCUUGAAAUCUAGAACAGCAGUGAGAACUAAACAAGCGACAAAAAUUGCUAGAUCAUGUAAUAGAAUAAUUUUGCUUUCUGGUACCCCUGCAUUAUCAAAACCAGUUGAGUUGUAUAGUCAACUAUACAUUCUUAAUUCAUCAAUAACUCCAAAUUACUAUAAAUUUGCUUCACGCUACUGUAAUGGACAACAAGGACCAUUUGGUUAUGUUGCCAAUGGGAGUACUUAUCCUGAUGAAUUAAAAACUAUACUAAGCACAUUUUUUAUGAUUAGAAGAUAUAAAAAAGAUGUAAUGAAUGAUUUGCCUGAUAAAUUGAGACAAAUUGUUUACUUACGUGGUGAUUUUGUUGAUGAGGCAAUGGCGACUAUUGAAAAGGAAAAAAAAGAAUUAGAAGUAAUGCGGGAUAAAUUUGAAAAAAAUAUCAAUAAAGUUGGUUUUAAAGAAAAGAGGGCAAGUAUUUUGGAAUAUUUUGCAAAGACAGGUGUUUGUAAGUCUGUUGUUGCUGUUAAGUAUAUUAUGGACAAAUACUUUAACGAGGAUGUAGAAAAAAGAAAGAUUAUUGUUUUUGCUCAUCAUAGAAUUGUACUAGACAGCAUGGUAAAAGCAUGUGAAAAAAAAAAGAUUAAGUUUAUUAAAAUCGAUGGAUCUGUUACUGGACCACAAAGAGAUAAAGCUAUUAAAAACUUUCAGAACGAUGAAACGAUACUAGUUGCCAUUCUCAGUACGACUGCAGCAGGUGCUGGUGUGACGUUAACUGCUGCUUCGAUAGUAAUAUUUGCAGAACUUCAUUGGAAUCCAGGAUAUCUCCAACAAGCUGAAGACCGUGCUCAUAGAAUCGGUCAAAAAAAUUGUGUCCACAUCUAUUACUUGGUAUUUAAUGGAACCUGUGAUGAUUAUUUAUUUCAAGUGAUACAGGAUAAAAUGAAAGUUCUUGGUGAAUUAACAUUGAACAGUGAUGAUUUUAAAAGUAGUACAAAAAAAACUGAAUUUCUUAAUAGACAAAAACAUAUCAGCGAUUUCUUUUCUUAUAUGGUAGAAGAAGAAAAUAAACAAGAAAUGUUAGAUGGACCAGACGCCAAAAAGCAAAAGUUCUAA